AUGAUCCUCAAGACCCUUUUCGUCCUGCUCCUUGCCGGGCUCAUUGCCGCCCAGGCUACCGUGACCGAUAUGUUCAUUGGAAUGGGCGAAGCGCAGACUGAAGGCCUCGUCGCGUCUAUCAUGGGCGAGACUACGGACGAAACCACCUACAGCGUCACUUGCCUGCCCCCCAAAGCCACCUCGCCGAAGGUAUCCAGUUGCCGCUUUGACGCAGGCCUGACGGUUAUCGCUCAGCCAUCGACCACUCAGAUCGUCAGUUCCAUGACGAAUACCGCUGACUACGAAGACACGCUCGGAACCCUGCUCUGCGCCUUCGACUACAUGCCCCGGGCGACCUGCACCGCCAUAAACAGAGUGCAAGCCAACCCGCCAGCCUCGGAGCUGUCCGCGGCGAAUUCCAAGUCUACCGAUAUCGGGCCCGCCGAGCGAACCAUGCAGUACACCUUCAUCACGCAGGACGUUCCGCGCGUCCCCGUCACCAUCACCGCCGACCCGCUGACGCCGACGGCCACUGCCACCACCGACGAGGUCUUCACGCUGUUCAGCUCGUCGGUUCCGACGGCUACCGUGACGGUCUCGGACGCGGCUGGGACUUCGGGGUCGAGUGCCAAGAACCGUACUUCGGUGGGUGGGACCAGUGGUACUGCUGGUGUUACGCUUACGAGCACGGCGAACGGGACGGUGCACGCCUCGUCGCCGAACUCGGUGACCGCCUCGAAGAGCCAGGGCGCGGGGCCUUUGAUUACUGGGGAGGCUAUGGUGGUUGCGGGCGUUGCUGCGGUGGCGCUUGCUGCUGCUGUUGUUCUGUGA